AUGUCGUCCAUCCGCGCAGAUCAGCACCCCUACCAACGCCGCAGCCAGCGGCUCGACCGCGCCAAGAGCGCUGAGCACGGCAGGCCUGCCGCUCACACCCGGACAGAAACCGUGGGCGCCGAAACGCGAGGCCGCUCCGCUCGCUCCGGAGACGCCGGUUACAUCCUCGGGCUGGUUAGCGCCCAUGGCAGUCUGAGCUUCCUCUUUUGCGUAGCCCUGGUCGUCCUCUGUCUGCUUUUCCUUGGCGCCCACCGCGGUCGGCCGCGCGAGUGGACAGACGACCCUGACAUCAACGGCCCAAUCUCGAACUGGGACCCCCGGGGGGUCCGGAUCGUCUCUGCUCCCUUUCCCGUGGCGGAGUUGGUCUCGGUCGCUGAGUCGUACGCCGCCGCGGCGCGCCACAUCAAGGAUCCCCAGUCCGUUUCCAAUAUCAGCCUCCGCCUCGAAGCGCCAGGUAUACGGCGUGUCGAUCUCCGCUCCUGGAUUCUCAACCUGCCACGCGACCCGACAUUCCGUAAAAUCACAGGGGUGAAUGAGACUAGCCCGCGGCUACUGCGGCUCGCCGAGAAUCCGGCCGCCCUCAUCGCCGAAACUAACAUCAGCCUCACGAUAAGCAUGAUUGAGAGCCUCUGGCGGCGGCUCGUGGACGAGGGUCUAGCCGUGCUCGCCCUCGGCCUCGGGGAAAAUCACCCCGAGUACGCCGCCUUGACCGGUCCCCUGGCCUCGCCUCCCAUCCCCGUGUCUUCCAGCCUGAAUUCUGCAGCGGCCUUAUGGACGAGUUUACAGAGGGAAGCGUACGUAUGGCCCGCCCAGUCCUUGGCAUGGCUUCAAAAGAUGGCAUGGCGCCUGGACGGAUGGGGCAUAGGCCCAGUUGCAGGAAAAGACCAAGAGCUGCAGCCUCUUCCGAGGCUUGGGCGCCGAGCGCCGACCCUGUCGGAACUGCUGGAAUACGACCGAGCACGACCGGCGUUUGCUGGCCGGAGUCGGACUCUCCCCCAGCUUCUCGACGGGCUGCAGCUGUCGCGCAACGCGACCUCGCUGCUCGGCCGGUUCCACAUCUCGCCGGCCCUCGGCAUCAACGGGCUCUCGGGAACGAUAUGCACAGAUCCGGGCCUGCUGGAUGCGGUUGCCCGAGGCCGGUGCGACGACAAUUUGACGGCCGUCAUCGAGAAGCCCUUGGGGUAUCGCAACCUUGCCGCGGCCCUCAAAUCCGACCGGCUCACGCUGGAGGGGCUCCGAGACGCCUUGAGCGCUUUCUCCCGACUCGACUCCCUGGCAAGCCACUUCCGAGACGGACUCGCGAGACGGAUGGGCAAGCUGGAACGCGCCAUCGACGCCUUCCACCCGCUGUAUUCGUCCCUGAAGCUGCAGCGCCAGAUCUUGGCCGGCGCGGCGCGCAACCUGCAGCACGCAUGCUUUCUCCAGGAGUCGCUGCUGGAACGCGCCGGCUCUCUGCUUUCCGACCCAUCCGCGCGCUGGAAAAUCGGGCGGGAUGUCGACGGCAGCCGCCGAGUGGUGGUGACAUUCGCGACGGUCCCCGAACUCGACGACGCAAUCGCGUACCUAAAGUCUGAGUAUAGCCGGAUCCUAGCUAGAUACCGGCGGCUACGGCAGCCCUGGUAUACGGCGUCUGACGCCAUCUCCCUCCUCCAUCGCAGCAUCUCGGGCGGCUGGAUGGAGAGGCUCGGCGUGCAACGGGACAUUUCGUGGAAAACCAAGCUGUCGCUUGGUCCGUGUCGGGACUUCAGGCCGCUCAUUCGACCGGCCUUCACUUGGUCCAAGUUUUAUUGCUAUCUUUUAUUAUGA